CUGACACUAUCUUGGUCACACGCGGCGAAGCGAACUGUUACUCUCACUCUCUCUUUACCACCAAUCACUUCUCUUCUCUCACUCUCAUUUUUUUCUUCUUUCUUCUAUCAAUUGUCUUUCAAAGUUGAAACUUUUUUUCUCUCUCUCUCAUCCCAAAACAACAGAAUUUCAGUAAAUCCCAUUUCUCUUAAGCCGCACUAAAUAAUAGAACUGUCCCGAAAGCCAUACUUCUGCACAUUCCUUCAGCUAUAAAAAAGAUCCCACCUUUGACAGAGUCGAAGCAUCUUCAAGACGAACAAAAUGAGAGAGACAAUUAUUUAUGAUAUGCUUUGUUCUUAAUUGGGGUAAGUUUCUGAGAAUUUUCCGUCACUUUAACUUCUCGGCAAAAAAUAUGUCUUCCCUGUCGAAUCUUGAACGCUUUCUCCUAUGCGUAACUCCAGACGUUGUUCCUUCACUCACUCUUCAGAGCUGCUCUAGCGAUCAAAAUGUCCAAUGUCUACCUCCAGGCAAAGACACAAUCGAAUACUUCACUCUGAAGGAUCUUUGGGACUGCUAUUCUGAAUGGAGUGCCUUUGGUGCUUGCAUUCCUCUGAUGUUGGAAAAUGGUGACACUCUGGUUCAAUACUAUGUUCCGAAUCUGUCUGCCAUCCAAAUCUACCGCAGUAAAUCUAGGAUUCGGAAAGAGGACGUCGAAGGAAUUGAACUUGAAUGUUAUUCCUCGAGUGAGGAUAGUGGAAGUGAUGACCUAUCUAGAUCAGCGAGUAACAAUUCUAGCAAAGCAUGGGAUGAUGCUUCUUUGGAUUCAGGUUCUGACCAAGUGGUUUUAUGCAGCACAACAAAGGAUAUGCUUGGCGCACUUUACUUACAGUACUCUGAGAACUAUCCACCUUACCAGAGGGUUCCAUUUUCUGAGAAGAUAACUGAGUUAGCUAAAAGCCAUCCAGCAUUGAUGACGUUGAAGAGUGUGGAUAUUUCCCCAACAAGUUGGAUGGCUGUUUCAUGGUACCCCAUUUAUUCCGUACCAUGCCAGAAAAAUAAAAAGGACCCAACAAGCUUCCUAACUUUUCAUUCACUUUCAUCUUUCCAAGAAUGUGCAAGCAAAUAUGAGGGAAUUGACACAGGGAAUGACGCAAGUUGUUUAAUUGGGUGGCGAAGUAUUGUAGGAGAGAAAUGCAAGAAAAAAGAGAGUGGUUGCAUGUCUCUCUCUCCUUUUGGGCUUGCCACUUUCAAAAUGAGGAAAAGCGUUUGGUUAAACUCUUAUAACAACAAUAAUCAAGUGGUGACCAAUCUGUAUAACGCUGCAGACUCGUGGUUGAAGCACCGCAACGCUGACCACCCUGACUUCAACUUCUUCACACGCCAACCUACCUUGUAGAUUGGUUUGUGUUGUGUUCAUCAUCACCAACUCAAUGCCCCUUUGCUCAGUUUGCUCUGACUUGGGCAUUAGAGUUUGCUUAAGUUUGGCACACUGACUUAGGCAUCAAAACUUCAUCACCUAGGUCCAACUCUGAGAACAUUAAUAAAUGAAAAUGUAAAUUAAGUUUAGUUUA